AUGAAAAAUUAAGAUAGAAAAUUACCACCUAAAUCAACAAGUCAAUAAAUUACUGAUAAAGAAUUAAUUUUCAAUAUGGAAACAAAAAAAUUAGAGAGAGCAUUUUCGUUUCAUUCGCCUAUAGAAUAAUAGUUAAACUUAAAUUAAGGAAAUGAGGAUUUCAAUAAAAAAAUUUGUGUGAAUUCAUAAGAAAUCAGUUGCAUAGAUAAUGAAAAUGGAAGUUUUUAGGAUUAAUGUGAUCAGUUUACAAACCCUUUAUCUAGUAUUAAAAGAGCCAAUUUAUUCGAUAUAGUUAGUGUUCAGGAGUCUAAUUCAAAAGCUUAAAAUAAAAUUAAACCUGCUGUCAGUGAUUUUAAAAUUCAUUUAUCUGAAAUAGUAAAAGAAUUUGUUGGAAAACUAUAAUUUUAAAAUAUUUUGAAUCUAUAAUCUAAUUCAUUAUAUCCAACGAAAUAAGUUCUUAAUGUAAAAAAUCAAAACUUAAAAUUGUAUGAAUAAAAAAUUUUGAUUUCAUUAGAGGCUUAAAAACACUUAUUAAAUCAAAUUCAAAUAGAUAAUAAAUCUUAAAAAAAAAAUGUUGGAAUCACUAAAUUUAAAACAUUUUUUUCUUAAAACAAAACUUUAGGUCUUAUUUAGAAAAACAAGCCAUCUUGUUUUAAAUAAAUACAUUAAGAUACACAGCAUUAUGUAUAUUUUAUUAUAAUCAGGUUUAUAAUUUGAAAUUGAAAACUGUUUAACUUAAAUAUAAUGAGACUUAUCCAAGCCAGAUUAUUCAAAUUGAUCCUGUGGUUGAUUAAUAAAAAAAAAGGUUAUUAGAAGAAUAAAUGAAUAAUGAGAGUAAAAAAAAUUAAAACCAAGAUAAACUUGCAAAUCAAAGAGCAUUCGAAAAAAAAUUCAAUUUAGAUUUUACAAAAUUGUACUAAAAAGUAGAUGAAAGCAUAAUUUAACAAUAUUAAAAUAAUAACAUAUAGCAGUCAUUUUUGCAAUCUCCAUUUAUAAUGCCUAAUUAAAAUUCUUAAACCACAUUUGAAAUUUUUUAGAAUAAAACUGCUUUAAAUCCUUUUUAAAAUUCACUUUAUAACCAACAAGGAUUUAAUUAAGUUAAUCCUAAUCUAUUUAACAAUUCUAUCACUUCUGUGAAUAAUCAAACUGAUUAAAUUAAAACUAAAUCAUAUAAUACAAGAAGUAGAAUGAAUUGA